AUGGAUAAAGGCAAUAAGCAGAAGGAAGGAAAUCAAGGAAAAGAACCAGUAGGAUCAAUGGGGCGUCAAGAUUCUUCACGCAAUAAUCCUCCUGUCAAUGAAGAACACCAAAACGUCUCCAAGAACCCAGCUGAAGUUCAUCCUGGUGGUUCUCGCAUUGAUGAUACUAAACCGAAAGUUGAUGAUGAUGAUGAUGGCGGUUAUGAUUCCCAGGGGAACCUAAAGAGAAAAAGAGAAGAUUCUGCUGUUGGUGAUGAUUCUUCUGCUGGGUCGAAGAAAAGCAUGCUUGUCACUGCUUGUGAUUGGGAAAGUGAUGGUAGUAAACUCUGCCCAACUUCUCAUCCUGGUGAUGAAUCUUCUUCUCAGAAACUCCCUGUUUCGCAGAGCACAGGGAAAUCAAAAGAAGCCCAUGAAGAUGAGUUACAGAAAACCACUGAUUCAGAGAAAUCUGCGGACCAGAAGAAGACUACUGAUAGCGGUUACAGAGACUUUUUUGACCAAUUAGACGGUGACAAAGAUGGUUGUGUCACUGUUGGUGAACUGUGGAAAGCGGUGAUGAUUGAGACCGAUUCAGAUUCCAUUGAUGCUGAGGGUCAAGGCAUGAUGAAUCAGGACGAAUUUGACCCGGAAGUAAAACUUGAUUUCCCGGCGUACAUGAAAAUGUUGGAGCCAAUCUUUCAAGGUGCUUCAGCCUCCGACUCCGGGGAAGAACUUAUUAUAAAAGAUUUUGAGGAAUUUGAUGAGGGUAGAACAGGCUUCAUCUCCGCUGCCGAUUUUCGCCAUGUGAUGACCAAAGUGUUUAAUGAAGAAGUUGAUGAGAUGAUAAAGGAAGCUGAUCCUGAUGGUUCUGGUCUUAUCAACUAUAAGGAGUAUGUGAAGAAGCUGUAUGGCAAACAGUAA